AAACCUGCUGAUGAUAUUGGCUGGUGCCCUUGUAAGCAGUCCUUUAAGUGAGUGGCUAGGCAGAAAGCGAUGUUUAAUCCUGGUGAAUCUUCUGCAGAUUGGAUCUUGUAUACUUAUGUGGAUUGCAUAUACCUUCCCGAUUCUUCUAUCUGGUUGGUUACUCAAUGGUUUCUCAGCAGGUUUAGGAAUAAUGCCAUCAUACACAUUAGUAAGCGAAAUAUCAACAAUCAAACUAAGAGGAGUUUUUGCCAACUUAAACAUUCUCUACUCCAAUUAUGGAUGGUUGCUUUUAUUUGCUGUUAACAUGACAAUACCACCAGAAUAUCUCUUAUUGCUUGGGAUAACACUGUCGGUGCUUUUUCUACUCCUUUCUCCUUUUAUUGUUUACUCUCCACACUGGCUUGUCAGAAAUGGCAAAAUAAAAAAAGCAAGAGAAAUGCUGAGGAUAUUAAGAGGUCCUGAAUAUGCUGGCAUUGAAGAAGAGAUAAACGAGAUAUUAGCUGCCACUAAAAAAUACUUCAGAAAUAAAAAUGGUUGUAUGGAUCGUUGGACUACUCCCCAGACUUUGAUACCUCUCGGAAUUGUUGUCACCAUGUUUGGAUCAAUUGGGCUAUGUGGCCGAGGAGCCCCUCUUAACUUUUAUGGACCGAGGAAAAUUAGUCUUAUGAUUCAAAUAUAA